AUGCAUUUUCAACUUCUCUCCAUCACCUGUACUCUGGUACUUUUGGUUGCAACUGCCCCUGUUGACAAGCCAAGGGUCAGAGAUGUUUUGAAGCUGGCAAAUCCCAAAUCCAUCACCAGAAUAUCUAGCACCCAAGACAGUGCAAAUAUCAAUGUGUGCCAUGCACUCACAAGUAUUAUUGGUUCAAAUCAUUCCAAUAAGAGCAAGCGAGCUGAUGUUCAACAUCCUGCUGGGAAAAGCAAUGUUGUUUUGUUCCAUGGCACCUAUAGCAUAGCCAGUGCUACUGCUCUAAAAUCUGAAGUAAAUCUAGAGCUAAGUGCUAAACAUGGGGAUUUGCAUAGCACUAUGGUCUUCUUUUGGCUGCUGGUCAAUUUGCAUGCAGAGAUGUGGAACCAAAAGCCUAUAUUCUUGAAUAUGAAUGGACUGGUGCAAGUGAAAGACUAUCAGGCAGGGGGUGAUUUCAAGGCAUAUCUUGAAUAUGAAAAGUAUGCAUAUCCUCGCAAUGCUGCCCUGGACCAAGUCAUGAAGGACAAUGUAAUGAUUUCUGGGUACAAUUUUUUUUCAUCAAAAUGGGAGUUUUCUACAUUGGCUCGAUUCCUCUCACUUAGACCAAUGAAUGCACGUGGUGUGGAUGAUUGCCUCAGUGAUGAUUUCUGGCAAUAUGCUUUAAUUAAGCAACAAGCAGCCACCUCCAAUCUCAAGUAUAUUACAACAUAUGAAGUUGUCUGCAGUGCAGUUCCUGAUGGAAACAAGCUCAAUGAUGUGCUUUACAGUGCUAGUCAAAAGAGCAGUCCAGUUUUUCCUGAAAUGGUGAAACAGUUGACAGAGUGCAAGAAAGGUCCCUUUGAUUGGCAUACUGCAGUAGUAGUAAAUCAAUGUCGUUAA